AUGAGUGCAACCAGCAGCGCAGCCCCAGCGGCCACUGCGGACGACGUGGAACCAAGCGCCUGGCACGGGGGUGCCGCGUGGCAGCAAUUCCACAAGGGGUAUAAAGAGCGAUUUGUCCUAGACUGCAACAUCAAGUUGCUCUGCAACGGAGUGACUGUGCGCAUUGCGCAGGCGCCCAGCGCAAAGAGCGCUGCGCCUGCGCGAAAGCCGCAGCAGAAGGCUGCCGUGCCGGCGACAAAGGGGCAGCAGGCGGCGCUGCAGCGCGGCCGCGGCGCCAGCCGUGGCAAGGGGCGGGCGCCAGGGGCCGCUGCGGGCGGCGGCGGCGACGGCAGGGGUUCUGCGGUCAGCGGCGAGCGCGCGGCUGCAGAUGCUCCUGAUGCGUUGACUUUGCUUGACCGACGUUCAGACCCUGCACUCACCGGAAGCACCGUUUGGGACGGGGCCAUCGUUCUGGGCCAAUACCUCACGUCGGACCCCUCUGCCCUGCGCCGCACCUGGCCCAGCGGCCGGGCGCGGCCGGUUGUGCUCGAGCUCGGCGCCGGCACCGGCGCGGUGUCCCUGUGCCUGCUGGCGGCACGCGCGGCUGAGGGCGCGGUCAUGACCGACCUUCCGGAUGUCCUGCCGCACCUGCGGCGCAACGUGGCGCACAACGCGGGCGCGGUCGGGCCCGGCGCGGCGCUGGUGGCGCCGCUGCGGUGGGGGGACGCGCGAGACGCAUCUGAGCUCUCAGCCCUUGUCUCGCGGCGCUGGCCGGCACCUUCGCCGCCGCUGCCGUUGGCCGCAGCCGCGGGCGCCCCGGCGGUCGCGCCCGCGCCCGAGGCGCGGCGGCGGCAGGUGGGCGGCCGGCCGCCCUGGGAUGUGAUCGUGGGCAGCGAUCUGAUCUACUACUCGUAUUCAGAGGAGACUCCCCACAGCCGGCUGCUGCUGGAGGCACUGGCCCAGCUGUGCUGCGAGGAGACGCCCGUCUUCCUGUCGCUGAGCCUGCACCACAAUCCUGAGGAGGUCGAGCGCUUCCUGAGUUGGGCAGCCGACAGCGGCUUCCAGGUGACACGCGUCGACCCGGCGCUGAUCCCAGGGGAGUACAGGGUUCCAGACGUGCUAGUGGCGCGGCUGCAGCUGGCGCCGCGCGGCGAGGGCGCUGAGGGCGGCCGUGAAGCUUGUGUGAUGGAAGGGCGCGAGGGACAGUUGGGUGGGGCGGAAGGCCCACAGCGGGGGCAGCAGCAGGAAGAGCAAAAGGAGGACCUGGCGCAGCAGCAGCAGCAGCAGCAGCAGCAGCAGCAGCAGCAGUAG